CUCUUUUUGGAUUAAUUAUCAUAAAAUGAUUCUUCAGCAUCCCAAUUUUGAUGCAUUUUAUUUGGUUUCUGUGUCUAGUUUAUACUCUUAGACACAGUAUUUGUAUUCUGAUGUUCUAAUAAUCAGUUAUAGAGUAAAUCUCCAAUUUAUUUGCUCAAGUGUUUAUAUAUUGUGCAUGCUUGGUUCUAAGGUGAAUUUAGUUGAUUUGGAAACAAUUGUUUUACUUGAAAGUGAAUCUAUAGUGAUUUUAUGUUUGAUUACAUUUUCUUGAAAGUAAGCUAGAAUAAUAAAUUUCAGUUUAAAAAUCAUCAAUUUUAGACUCAAAUGAUAUAAAUUUUAUCUUCAAUUUAGAUCAAUUUGGAAGAUAAAAUCAAUAUAAUUCAAAAUUAAUUUUACACUUUCAGAAUCAAUUUUAGCUACUUUAAACGUGGAACCAAACAUAGACUUAAUUCUAGAGUAAAUACCUAAGUUUCUCCAACAAUAUGUGUACUUACACAACUUAAUUCAAGAAAAUACGGGCUUCAAAUCUUGACUAACAAGCGAGAAAGUUGACAUUGAGAAAGCUUGUUCUUCUUUCAACAAGAGGAUGAAUGACUGAUCCUCCAAGUCAAGCGCACUAGCGCACUUUGCCAUGGCUUUCUCUAAUAGGAACUCGAACACCGUUGCUUGUUUAGGUUGAGCGGCUUGAAGUACAAUUCGUGGUCUUAGGUUGAGCGAUUUGAAAGUAUACGAUAUCAAAUCUCUGAGAUUUUAGUAGAAUUUAACCAAGCUAAAUUUUACAUAUUUGAGACUACUUACUAUUGUCAUUACUUUGCCAAUAUAUUAGUUUUACUCAUGCUAUUGUUAAACUCAAUUUGCCAAAGGAUGGAAGCCCUUGCUGUUACAGUCUUGCAAAAGUUGGGCUCUUCAGCUUACAAAGAGCUUUGGAUCGUUUGGAAUCUAAAAAAGGACAUUGAAAAAAUGAAGAACACAGUAUCUAUGAUAAAAUCCGUGCUCCUCGAUGCAGAGAUCAAGGCCAAUAAUCAUCAAGUUCGUAAUUGGUUGGAGGAGCUGAAAGAUGUACUUUAUGAUGCAGAUGAUUUACUUGAUGAUUUUUCCAUUGAAGCUUUGAGAAGAAAAACGAUGUCUGGAAACAAAAAAGUACGAAUUUUCUUCUCUAAAUCAAACAGUAUUGCCUAUGGUCUUAAAUUGGGCCAUCGAAUGAAAGCAAUUCAGAAGAGGCUAGAUGACAUUGCUAAAAAUAAGCAUGCACUGCAACUAACUGACCGCCCUAUGGAGAAUCGAAUUGUAUAUAGGGAGCAGAGACAAACUUACUCUUUUGUGAGUAAAAAUGAAGUUAUUGGAAGAGAAGAUGAAAAGAAACGUAUUAAGCGUUAUCUACUAGAUAUCUAUGCAACCGAUAAUGUUUCUGUAAUUCCCAUAGUCGGGAUUGGAGGAUUAGGUAAGACCGCUCUUGCCCAACUGGUCUACAAUGAUAAUGACGUUCAUAAGCAUUUUGAGCUAAAAAUGUGGGCGUAUGUUUCUGAUGAAUUCGAUAUAAAGAAAAUAGCUCAGGAGAUCAUUGGAGAGGAAAAGAAUAGUCUGAUGGAGCAAGUGCAACAACAACUUAGAGACAAAAUUCGAGGGAAGAAGUUUUUGCUUGUGUUAGAUGACAUGUGGAACGAGGAUCGUGAACUGUGGCUUAAAUUGAAGAGCUUGUUCACGGAAGGAGGAAAAGGGAGUAUGGUAAUUGUUACAACGCGUAGUCAGACUGUGGCAAAAAUAGCGGGCACACAUCCGCCUCUUUUCUUAGAAGGUCUGGAUUCACAGAAAUCUAUGGAGCUGUUCUCUCGAGUGGCAUUCGGCGAGUUAAAAGAACAAAAUGAUUUGGAAUUGUUAGGUAUAGGGAGGGACAUUGUUAAAAAAUGUGCUGGCAUCCCUCUUGCUAUCAGGACUAUUGGAAGCCUUUUGUUUUCUCGAAAUUUGGGAAGGAGUGAUUGGCUAUAUUUCAAGGACGUUGAGUUUUCGAAGAUAGAUCAACACAGCGACAAAAUAUUUUCAAUCCUUAAACUGAGUUAUGACCAUCUUCCCUCGUUUCUAAAAAAAUGCUUUGCUUAUUGUUCGUUGUUUCCAAAAGGUUUUGUGUUCGGAAAGAAGACUCUCAUUCAGUUAUGGGUAGCUGAGGGGUUCAUUCAACAAUCGAAUGAUGUUAGAUUUGUAGAAGAUGUUGGUCAUGAGUACUUCAUGAGUUUGCUGUCAAUGUCCUUCUUUCAAGAUGUCAUUAUAGACGAAUGUGGCGGCAUAAGUACUUGUAAAAUGCAUGACCUUAUGCAUGAUCUUGCACGGUUAAUAGCUGGGAAUGAAUAUGUAGUGCUUGAAGGAGAAGAAGCAAAUAUUGUAAACCGAACGCGUUAUGUGUCGUCUCCUACUUCAUUACCGGUUGCACAGACAUCAUCAUCUUCUUACAAGUUAAGAACAUUUCUUUUGCAUCCACAAAUGAAUGCAAGCAAUUAUAUGCGUCAGUCAUAUUUUGUUUCCUUCUUAGGCCUAAAGUUGUUGCGUGUGUUAACACUUUGUGGAUUGAAUAUUGCCGCAAUCCCAAAUAGUAUUGAAGAGAUGAAGCAUUUAAGAUAUAUUGAUCUGUCACAGAAUAAUGUACUUCAAAAUCUUCCGUCGGGCAUUACCAACCUGCAGAACUUGCAAACUCUAAAACUUUCUCAAUGUUCUGAGCUCAAAUUAUUACCAAAAAAUUUCAAUAAAAGUCUCAGGCAUCUUGAGUUGAAUGGUUGUGUGAAAUUGAGACGUAUGCCACAAGGGAUAGGACAGUUGAAUAAUCUUCAAACACUAACACUUUUUGUUCUGCACAAAACAAGUACAAAUGUAAAUGAGCUCGGCGAGCUAAAUAACCUUCGAGGGAGAUUAGAAAUAAAAUGCUUGGAUUUCCUGAGAAAGAGCGCUGCAGAGAUUGAAUCGGCUAAGGUACUUCUUGAGAAGCGACACCUUCAACAAUUGGAAUUGCGGUGGAGGUAUGAUUAUGAUUUUAAUAUAUCUUCACCACAGACGAUUAGGGACGAAUCAUGGUUGGAAGAUGAGAUGAUUCUAGAAGCCCUGCAGCCACACUGCUCACUUCAAAAACUAGUUAUAGACGGAUUUUGUGGCAAAAGGUUACCAGACUGGAUAUGGUCUCUCUCGUCGCUCAUGGUUCUUGAGUUCCACAACUGCAAUGGUUUGACAUCACUACCCGAAGAAAUGUGUAAUCUUGUUUCUUUACAGAAACUUUGCAUGUAUAACUGCUUACCGUUGGAGGAAAGAUGUGCAAGACCCUAUGGCGAAGACUGGGAAAAAAUAUCUGGCAUCCGUGAAGUUGUGAUCCGUCCUGUGAUACCAUCGCUACUCAAGUAUUUUACAUGAGUCAAAAGUCUUUCCUCAUUCAUGCAGCUGAAAUCUUCCUCCACUGAAGCUGUGGCUAUGCUCGAUCGAUUAUGGUCUCUUCUUUCACCUAGAGGUUUUGGUUUUUUACUGAUUACUCAUUCUAUGUUAUAGUUUGCUUCAUCAUGAUGAAUAUAAUUUGUUGAAUAUGAAAAUCACAAAUGUUAGGCUUCUUGCAAUUGCUUGCUAAUGAUUUCAGUAUUUCACUUUAUGUGUUGUGCUUCUUUUAAUACAUUAGAAAACAUUACAAAUCUAGUUAGGGUAUUCAAUGGAUCAAUCAAUAUCAACACAAUUACUUAAAUAAUGAACCAAUAGAUUAAUCAUUUACCAACACAAUCAAAUACUUUUUUUAAUUGAAAAUUUUCUUAAACACUUACACCCAAACACAAUAAUGUGUCUGGAUAGAACUAGAAGAUUACAAAUCACUGCACUAGCAAGAAGUACCUCUUAACUUGGCCAUCAUACAUAUAAGGGAAAAAACACAACUUGAGACCAUAAUACAUAACGGAAAAAACAACUUGGCCACACAUGUUACAAAAGGUACAAAUAAAAUACAACAUUGAAACUAGAAUGCUUUAGAAAUGGAUGUUAAUUAUGUUUUGCCGUAGGAUGUUGUUUACCAUAAGAUGGUUUUGUCACGUGCAAAUGUGACUUCUUGUGUGGUGGUUUAUGUCUCGGUGGCUCUUUUCGUGGCGAUUUAUGCACCGGUGGCUCUUUCUGGGGUGGUUUAUGCACCGGUGUCUCUUUUUGCGGUGGCUUAUUCACCGGUGGCCCGUUCACUGGUGGUUCAUAAACUGGAUUAAGGUGAUAUUGAGCAAGUCCUUGAGGAACAAGGAUAAGUGCAGCAAGGAAGAAAAUUAGUGAGGACAAGAAAAAGGAAGCCAUUUUCAGUAGUGAUUUUAGUUGGUGUGAAUAACAUAAAGGAAAUAACAAGGUUUUAUAGAAGGAAGGGUCUUCAUUGGAAGUGGAAGGUCUCAAAUGAAGUAAUUUAUUAUAACUGAAUAAUCGGUCCACUAAUUUAAAAAAAAAAUGUGUAGAAUAUUAUUCAACAAUGUAUCAACAUUCUUACAUCUUGUAAGACAAAACUGAUAUCUUGUGAGUGGUUAAAUUCUAUAUUAUUUAAGAAUUUUUUUUAAAGAGAUAUAUAAAAAAAACAUUUAAGAGGUAUAUAAAAAACGAAAAAUUUCUUUAGCCACCUCUCUAUGGGGUCACCCCCAGCGAAAAUCCCAAACUACCAAUGCUUCGGAAAUGAACUUCCGAAACGUUUUUUUUUUUUUUUAAAAUUUCCAUAAUUCAGAAGUGCAUCUCAGAAAACACCUCAUGGGGGGUGUCUUCGGAGAUGAACUUCCGAAAACACCUCAUGGGGGGUGAAUUCGGAAGUUCAUUUCCGAAUUAUGCAGAAACUGUGUUUUUUUUUAAUGUUUUUUCUUAAACAGUCUCGCAUUUUAAUUAAACGCAAACGCCAAAUAAAAUAAGCGACAUAUAAACAGAAAAUACUAAUACGAUAAAUAAAAUCCAAAUAAUAUAUACAAGCCGAACCAAAUAGUAAUAGUGUGCGCAAGAUACAAACCGAAAACAAAAAAUAAAUAAACCCGACCACUACUGGGUGUGCCUAACCCUCUCACCCUGAGCCCUCCUCUGCUGCCUGUACCCCGCCGCACGGCUGGAAUCAGUGACGAUCGUCUCCAUCACGGCGACUGCAUCUGGACCGCCCUGAAGAACGACACCCCGAUCCAAGGCGUCCCGCCCAAGCAUCUCUAUCCGCUGGCAGAUCGACAGGAGAUCAAUGGCGUGGUCAUCCUCGGCCUGCUAGUUCUCCAGGAUCUCCUCAUGUGCUGGCCUAGGAGCGCCGGGAACGUCGGGUCUCAGCAGAGGAUGGGACACCCGGUAGAACCAGUUGCGCCGCCGCCCGCUCGCGUCUAGCCGACGCAGUCUGGGACUCUCUCCACUGUCUGAUGCGUGCUGGUUGGUUGCCUGACAUGUUCCUGUAAACAAUCGAAAUCGAUUAAUAUGCGAGACAAAUGAAAAAACAAAAAAAAAUGAACUUCUGGUACAGUUCGGAAGUUCAUUUCCGAAAACUUGGAUGGAGGUGUUUUCGGAAAUGAACUUCCGAAACACCCCUGCGCAGACCUUCAAUUCAGCCUCCAAUGGCAGACCCAAAAAACCUAAACCAAAACUACUUUUAUGCCUACUAAACAUCCUAAUAUUAGUACUAACCUAUAUUAAUGUGAUUUUUUCAGUUUCUAAACACCCUAUUGGAGUUUAUUCAAAUAGAUCUAAAACUUGAAAAAACAAUGUAGAACUUACCAAUUAGUGUUUGAUGAUGAGUUUGGAAGAAGACUUGGGAAUGCUCUUUGAUCUUACACUUGAUUUUGGCAGAAAAUUUGAAGAGGGGUUAAGUAUUAAGUUGAUUUAGGGUAAA